AUGGAACGUAUUUCUUGCAUUGACACUGUUGGUUUGCAAGGGGCCCUCGGGUCCCGGGUGAGCUGCAGCUUCGACCAUCCAUCAGGGCUGUGCGAGUGGAAUUCUGACCCCGAGGCCCCCUUUCAUUGGCGGGUCGGCCAAGGGCGCUCGGAAGACCGCGUGUCCGGCCCACGAAACGAUCACACAUGUCAAAAUAAACGUGGUCACUACCUAUACAUAGCCGGUAAGGAUGCCGACAAGGGGGCGGAUGCAACCGUAUGGAGCCCUGCUGUAUCCCUUAACCAAAGUCAGUGGUUCACGUUUUGGUAUACGAUGAACGGCUACGGGACGGGCAACCUCUCCCUACUGCGACUAGAGAACAACUCAUCGGUGGUCCUCUGGUUCAAAGCCGGGCAUCAGAGCUUUUCCUGGCUCAGUGCAAACGUGACCUUGGACCCCGGAAUGUUCUCACUGCAGUUCAAGGCCACAGUCAGGAUACCGAUAGCAAGCAACCUAGCCAUUGAUGAUUUACAUUUGCUGUCAGAAGAAUCUCAGUCACUUGGCAGAUCAUACUGCAUGCUACCAGUCAGCACCACACCCACCACCGUCACCACCACACGCACCACUGUCACCAUCACUUCCUCAGCGACAAUCACGACUGCGGUGUCUCUUUCGACGUUUCCGCCAAUAUGUGGAUCAAACGAAUCCGAUCUCGUGGAGCUUCCUGUUAUAUGUGACUUUGAGCAUUCAACGUGCGAUCUAGUUGUCGUUGCAAAUGAUACAGAUCCUAAGGUAACAUGGACUCGAACGAAUCAUCCGCACGGUACACUGUCUAUGAUACCUGGCGAUCACACACAUGAAAUCAAAAGUAAGGAAAGGAAGUAUGAUAACUCGCUCAUUUCUGUUGAUUUUUAA